CUUGAAAAAAAAGUUGCAGCGCAAUAACAAGUACACAAAACUGAGGAGAAGUUUGAGAGCUAAAAAUAAACAGGGGAGAGGCAAAAGGUCAACAUUAUUUUGUUUUGGUUUUGGGCCUCCCUGAGAAGUAGAAUCGAGAUAAUUUUCAUACUAAAUUAUGGCAACCGUUGUCAACCGAAUUUUAACUGCAGCAACAGUGUUGAACUGUCGGGCUGGAUUGACAUUUGGCCGACGUUUAGCAUGUACUCCAUCUUCCUUGAGCAGUGAGUCAAGUCACAGACUUCCUUCUCAUCAAGUGAGAUCUUUCCACCGGUUGAUCUUCAAGAAUCCUCUCCAACAACAGUCUCAAUCAACAUGUGUGAAAUCUCAAGUCCAGUUUUGCCGAGCCUGGAGCAGCGACUCUUCAGUCCUUGAGGAGGAUGACGUCAAUGUAUUUUACGAGGGUUUGGUGAAGCGAAUUGAAAGUCGCGACGUUCAGCUGAUUGAUGUGAGGGAAGCAGCAGAGUUGGCUGAAUUUGGGCAGAUUACCGGCUCAACGCAUAUCCCUUUGGGUGAAUUGGCAGACUCCUUGAGAUUACCUGAAGAAAAGUUUGAGAUGAAAUACAAGAGCCCUCGGCCCAAGGAGGCGGAUGACAACAUCGUGUUUCAUUGCAGAAGUGGAGUACGCAGCUUGAAUGCAGUCAACCUUGCCAAAGAGCUAGGAUUUACCAAGGCAAGGCACUUUCCUGGCGGCUGGCUGCAAUGGGCUGAGAAGAAUAAUUUGCCGUCAGCUUAAACCAUUUUUCAAAGGGAUACUUCAUUCGGAUACAGUAGGGUCGCCAAUAAACUCCCCAUAAGGUUUCCAAAUGUGCAAUGUGUUCCAAAAGACUUAUCAACAUAAUCAAUGAAGCUUCACCUUAAAGGCAGUAUUGGUAAUUACUCAAAAUAAUUUUUAGCAUAAAAAAUUACUUGGUAACGAGUAAUGGA